UCGGAUCUCAAGUUACUGAACUCAAAUAUCGGACGACUGGCAAUGCCCAUUGCCCUUAUCAGCGACUUGGACUGUUGGGUUCUUAUAGUCAUUCUGAUCCCAUUUUGUGCCAAUCCCAGAAAUGCUCCAUAUGUCAUCACUACGACAACAGCCUACCUAUUAGCCUCCUUUUACACAAUUGGUCCAUUCCUUGCAUGGGUCGUUCGCCGCACUUCUGACGGGAAUGAAAACAACUACAGUGAUUUUUACUUGUGUUUUGUUCUUGUUGGGGUUAUCGUAAGUGCAUUUUCAACGGAUGUGACUGGCACUCAUUCCGUUGUUGGGGCUUUCGUAUUUGGGCUCAUUAUGCCUGAUGAGCUGGCGCUGGUGUUGGAGAGGUUCGAUUACUUUGUUUCAGGGCUAAUGAUGCCAUUGUUCUUUGCAGUUUCUGGGAUAAGAGUCGACAUCUUAAAAAUAACAGAGUGGAGCCUCGUUUUGUUUAUUGUAAUCAUGCUUUGCGCUGUUACGAUUAUUAGUUUCCUACCUAUUUUUUUGUCUCUGACAUUGACUCUAAAGAUACAAGGACUCUGCGGUGAUGAUUGUUACAAUUCUAUUAAUGACCAGUAUAGUUGCUCCCACAAUUGCCGCCAUUUACAAGCGGACCAAUCUUCUAUUGACUACAACAGUAGAAGUAGAACCAUACAACAAGCUAAAGCAGAAGCAGAAUUACGAAUCAUUGCAUGCAUCCAUUCGUUUUGCAAUGUGCCGGGAAUAUUAAAGCUCCUUGAUGUCUCUCAUGGUAGCCAACAUAAUCAUACAACAGUUUUCACUCCCCACCUUGUUGAGCUCACAGGCCGUGGAUCAGCUAUGCUUAUAGUGCAUGACUCACACAAGCACAGGUUUGACGAUCCUGUCUACCACCCUGCGUAUGGUGAUCGCUCUGAAACGGAUAAAAUCGUCAAUGCCUUUAGAGAAUAUGAAAACAAGACUUGCAAUGUCAGCAUCCAAUCCUUUGCUGCAGUGUCUCCUUUUGUGGCUAUGCAUGGGGAUAUUAGUCACCUAGCUGAAGGCAAGCAAGUGGCAUUCUUGAUCUUACCAUUCCACAAGCAAGCCACAAAAGAGGGGAAUCUCCUAGAGAGAAGCUCUGCAUUUCGCAACAUGAACCAAAACGUGCUUCUUAAUGUUCCUUGUUCUGUAGGAAUCUUCAUAGACCGUGGCCUUCAAGAGGCCACAGGUGCCAAAUCCAGCAAUGGAAUCAAUCAAAUAGCCAUGGUAUUCCUUGGUGGAGCUGACGACUGGGAAGCAUUAGCUUAUCCUCGGAGGAUGGCAAGAAAGCCAGGAGUUAGCCUUAAGGUGAUAAGAUUAUUAGAAAUGAAUUCUAUGGAUCUGGCAAACAGCAAGAACUCAAUGCAAUCCUCAAGCUCAUAUCUUGACAGGCAAAGGCAGAUUGAUGAUGAUUAUAUAAAUGAGUUCAGGAUACGAACUGUUGGGGAGGAGCUUAUUAUGUACGAAGAGAAGAGUUUAUUUAAUGGAGAAGAGCUGGUUGUGGAAUUGAAAGAAAUAGAAAAUAAAUUUGAGCUAUUCAUUGUAGGGAGAAGAGAUGGGUUAGCGUCGCCAUUGACAACAGAGUUAUCGAACUGGGUCGAUUGUCCGGAGCUAGGGAUCAUUGGUGACUUGUUGGCGAUAUCCGAUUCUGCCACCGGUUCUGUCCUGGUAGUGCAACAGUGCAUUGAUUCUGGGCAUAGCCAUGUCAUUGAAGAUUUGGUUGGAACACCAAUAUCGUCUAGGGACGGGACGGUAAUGGAUUUUGGGAGUCGGCGGCUAUCAAUGUCGAGUAGUACUAGGUUAGGGAUGUACACGAGGCAGAAAAGAAGGAUGAUUAUGAUGACGAUGAUGAUGAUUAACGGGGUAAUCCUUUUUUUCUCUCCCUUUUUUUAGAUUAAAAGAACAUUGUUUCAAGUUAUGAGAAGAUUUAUGGUAGAAUACUUGAUUCAUACGACACAAGAAAAUUAAGUAAACUGAUAGUGUCUCCUUUAACUGUGGGAUCAUGUCUUUGGCUUGCUCUCAAACUGGUAUUCGAA